UACCUCCACAGGCCUCCUCCCUCCUCUGAACUAACCACCUACAACAAGUUUGACAGCUCAGCUUUUGUAUGUGCUCACACGCAGCAGAGCAGCAGCAGCAGCAACAGGCAGCCUCCCCACUGGACUUUCCUCUUUCUCUCAGUUUUUUUUAUCUUUUUUUGUUUGUUGCUAUGUGUUCGUGUUUCGUCUCCUGCUGGCUAUGAGGAAUUUCAUGUGUCCGUAGCUUUGGUCACUUUUCCCUGUUGGUUUUUUUUGGGAGUGUUGGCGUCGGUGUAGUUUUGAAUUAUAAUAUUUUUUUUCUUUAUCGGGCAUCGCGAGAGGAUUUAAACAUGUCGAGAAACGCGGAGGAGGUGAACAAGCUAACUGAAAGUACAUACAAGAGUGUGAUGGACCAGUUCAACCCGGGACUGAGGAAUCUGGUCACCCUGGGAAAGAACUAUGAGAAAUCUGUGGCAGCAAUGAUCCUGUCGGGAAAGUUGUAUUUUGAUGCAAUGUCUAAGAUUGGGGAGAAUGCUGCAGUGUCUCCUGUCUCCAGAGAAUUAGGUGUAGUGCUGAUGGACAUCUCAGAGGUCCACAGGAAGGUUCAUCUUGAGCUGGAAGAAAAUUUUAAGAGGUUCCACAGGGAGAUAAUAUCCGAGCUGGAGAGAAAGACUGACAUGGAUGUCAAAUACAUGACAGCCACAUUCAAAAGGUACCAGAUGGAGCACAAGAUGAAGCAGGACUAUCUGGAGAGGUCGCAGUCGGACCUGAAGAAGCUGAGGAGAAAGAGCCAAGGCAAGAACGCCAACAAGUACGAGAACAAGGAGAGCGAGUGCCUGGAAACGUUGACAAGCCGACAGAUGGACAUGCAGUUGUUCAUCGCAGACGGCUGUAAAGAGGCUCUGCUGGAGGAGAAGAGACGCUUCUGUUUCCUGGUGGACAAACACUGCCUGUUCUCCUACCAGUUUGCCUCCUUCCACGAGAAGGCCAGAGACAUGCUGACGGCAAAGCUGAACAGCUGGCAGGACCAGUGCAGCGACGCCUCCGACAUGCCCGACAGUGUCCUGACGAUGAUCGAAGGGCUGCGCACGGCCGUCUCCAUCACACCUCUGCCCUCUCCCUCCCCGUCACGGCGCAGUAUGAACAUGUCCACUCCGCCGGCUCCACCUCUGAAGGCUCAGACCAGUCCUCUGGCUAACAUGUUCACCCAGGAGAACAACAAGACCAGUGUCACCAGCUCUCCCAACAACAGCAUAGAACAUGAGGAGAACAAUCUUCCAAGGUCUAUGUCUGUUGCCACUGGCCUCAACAAUAUGGUGACGAGGCCACGUGUGCGCACCAUCUUCCCCCACACUGCCGGCAACAACAACACACUGCUCAGCUUCGACGAGGGAGACGUCAUCACCCUGCUCAUCCCCGACGAGAGAGACGGGUGGAUGUAUGGCGAGCUGGAGAAGAAUGGAAAGAGGGGCUGGUUCCCGUCAUCUUACUGCCGUGCACUCUCCGAACCUCUCGUGAAUAGCAACAGCGUGACUGCUGCCCCGUACCGCAGCAGAAGCGUUGUCAACCUCCACCAUCAGGACACGGAGACAGACGACGCGACCAUGGUGCUCCCCCCAUCGGACUACAGUGACGUCCCACAGCGUAACGCCAUCAAGAACAACAUCAGUACCAUCACCAUAAACAACAACCACAAGCACUCGCCCACGCCCUCCGCAGGCUCCUCCUCCUCCUCGUCUGAUCACACGGUGAUGCAGCCGAAUGGCACCUCCAGAUCGCAGCCUGCUUACCUCGCGGGAGGGAACCCAUUCGCCACAGUCAGGCUACGUCCAACAGUCACCAACGACCGCUCCGCACCGGCCAUCUGAUUCGGUUCCUCAUUUCCACACACCCUCCAUCCCACAGCAUCUUGUCAGCCUUCCUGUGUCAUCUACCCGAUUGGUGCAGCUCUGUCCUGCCUUUGCUGUCCAGCAGCUUCUCUGUCAUCUGGAUGGAACCAGACAGAACUUGGCCAGCACUGAGGAACAAAAAAUGCCAUUUGAAUCUGUGAUCCCCUCACUGCUGCAAACUCUCACACGGAAGUAUUUUGGGACUGUUUUAUUUUACAGAACGGAUGCUCAUAUAUUUAAGAUAUAUAUAUAUAUUUUUUUUCUGUCUAUUUUUGUCGCUGUUUGUGGUGGUGAUGUCUAAAGGACCACAUUCUUGCCUGCAUUUGAGAAAUGGAUGAAUAAAAAUGCUCUAAGAAAAUACUGCAACGUAUUUAUGCUGUUGAUGUUGCUUGUUCAUCGUCAAAAUGACUGUUAGAAAGCUUUUCUGUUGCCCUUGACAGUAUAAGAAUGUACUGUAGGACCUCCGCAUUUCACCCUUAAGGUCUUUAUGGAAAUGUUGCAUCUUAGACAACACUUCGCUUCAUCCGGAAAACGGCUCACACGUAAUCUUUUAAGUCCCUCGUUUAAACAGAUGCUAUAACUAUUGUCUAACUAACAUAACUUUUUUGUGGCGCUAGACAAUUGGGGACUUUUGCCUUAAUGACACAAACAUAACUCCUGUAAAAAAUAAUUUACCUGUUGUAGUCAUCACAUUGUGGACAAUCACCUCAGUUGCUUGACAGUGCAGUCAUUUCUGCUUUAAUCAUUACACACAGCAUUUUAAGACCAGUGUGCAUUUUAAGACCAGACCUUACUAGAAUUUGCUGUAUGAAAAAUAAAGAUGUAUUCUUCAAUUUGCAGUUUAGUUUGUCAUCAAGCACAAGUUAUCUACACAAAGUGUUUGAAUGUUAUGAAUGACUGAACAGUAACAGUAUAUCUGAGUGUAUUUAAUGUUCAUUGAAGAUUUAAAAAAAGAAUCAAAUCAAGCAAGAAGUCA